GUACAUCAUACAGCACCUCACCUCACAUGAGGUCGUUGGAGUCAUGCAACAGGGAACCAAAAAUGUAAGCGAGAGCGCCGAUGGCAAUGGAAAGGAAUCCAACAAAGACCGGCGCCCUCGAGGACGUGGUCCCACCGCUAGAAGCAGUAAUUUUCGCAAAAAUUACGGUGCGCAGGGCAAAGACAACAAUGUGCAACCGCUUUCUCCUCCGUUUCCUGUCUCAAAAGCCAAGAAGAAGGAUGCUUUAACUCCUUCCCAUGGCAGUGGUCCGGAAGAGGAGGCGGCCCUUGCCAAGAAAAAGAUGGAAGAAGCAGAAGCAGCAGCCAAGGCUCAGGAAGAAAUCGCACAGAAGCGACGACAAGAGGAAGAAGCUGCCAAGGUGGAGAAGCAGCGGCAGGCGCAAACGGAGGCGAGGAAGCAACUUGAAGAGCUGGAGAGGGUGGAGGAG